UUGUCAGGCGUUACUGAUGUGGACUUGGGAUAACAGGAUUUUCUUGCUUUGAAUCAGUCCUCCUGGUUUAUUCAUCAAACAUAGACUACAUACGUGUUAUUGAUUAAAUACAUUUAAAAACAGGCCGUGGUUGAUAAAGUGUGACAAUCCUGCAGCAGCAGGCGGAUACUUCAGGCAUCCUGGCAGGCGACGGCCAGGGCAAUCUGCGCGUAGUGCUCUCUCCGCUUCUUCUGUUUGUGCUUUCUGUGCUGUAGCAACCUUGAAGUGGAGACCCAACAGCAACGGGGACUGGUCGGAGUCGCUGAAUGGGAAUCACAUCUCUGAAGGUCGGCUCCUGUUCCAGCGAAUCAGUCUGAUAAAUAUGGACGGAGGUGGCAGAUCUAAUGAUGUGCAGGUGGAGCUGGACUCUGUGGAGGCGGAGCUGGAGGAGGUGGAGCUGCAGAUCACAGAGCUCCUGCAGAAGCAGGCUGAGCUGACGGGUCGUAAGGAUGCUCUGCUGCAGCGACUGGGGGAGGCCUGUGAUGCUGCACAGCCGGCAUCCUCAAAGUCAUCUGGAGCUCAUCCAGUACUGAGCAAGCAGGAGAUGCUGCUCUAUGAUAGCACAGAUUUUCCAUGGUCCAAAGAAGUAGAGCAGCACCUGAAGAGCUCGUUCCAUCUCUCCACGUUCAGACCUCUGCAGCUGAGGGCCAUCAACCUGACCCUGUCAGGCAGAGAUCUGUUCCUGGUGAUGCCCACAGGAAGAGGAAAAAGCCUCUGCUACCAGCUGCCUGCAGUCUGCUCCAAGGGUUUUACAUUGGUUGUCAGUCCCCUGGUGUCCCUGAUGGAGGACCAGAUCAUGUCCCUGAAGUCCAUCGAUGUGGCAGCGGUCACGCUGAACGCGUCCAGCAGCAAGGAGCAUGCCAAGACCGUCAUGGCUGGAAUGAUGGAUCCCAAAGCCCCUUUCAAGCUGCUGUACGUGACUCCAGAGAAGAUCGCCAAGAGCAAGCUGCUCAUGUCUCGUCUGGAGAAAGCCCAUAACGCAGACCUGCUGAGUCGGAUCGCCGUGGACGAGGUUCACUGCUGCAGUCAGUGGGGACAUGACUUCAGACCAGAUUAUAAACUGCUGGGCAUCCUGAAGAGGCAGUUCCCCAACGUCCCCCUGCUGGGACUCACAGCCACAGCAACCAGCAGCGUCCUCAAGGACUGUGAGAAGAUCCUGUGUGUGCCACAGCCAAUCACACUGUCUGCAUCCUUCAACCGAACCAAUCUCUACUACGAGGUUCGUAUUAAAGAUUCAAACUAUGAUGCAUCAAUAAGUGACGUUGCGUCUCUGAUCAAGAGCCGAUACAAGGAUCAGUCAGGUAUUGCAGCAAAACCGCAUCAUGCUGAGGAUAUAUAUGUAUGUGUGUGUAUAUGUAUGUGUGUGUGU